UUAAGCUCAAGACCAAAGUUCCUCCUUGAUGUUAGAGAUGAAGUGCUCAUCAAUCCAAGUUUUUUUGCCUUUGAUCAUCUUUAUAUUCUCUUUGAGUCAUCUCUUCAUUGGCAAUCAAAUUGGUGUAUUGGCUCAAAAUACAACCAUUCCUUUCAAUGUUGGGGUUGUUCUUGAUUUCAAUAAAAUGGUUGGGAGAAUUGGGUUGAGCUGCAUCUCCAUGGCUUUGUAUGAUUUCUAUGAAACUCACAGUUUCUACAAAACAAGUCUGGUUCUCCACACCAGGGAUUACAAGAACAGUGUGGUCCAUGCUUCUUCUAUGGCUCUUGAUCUACUAAAGAACAUAGAAGUACAAGCAAUUAUUGGGCCAGAAACAUCAUCUCAGGCCAACUUUAUGAUUGAUCUUGGAGACGAAGCUCAGGGCUUCCCUUAGUGACUCCUCUCAGGUAAAAGCAAUUGCUUCCAUUGUCCAAUCCUUCGGAUGGAAGGAAGCUGUACUGUUAUAUGAGUCCACUGAUUAUGGUAAUGGAAUUGUACCUUAUUUGGACGAUGCGUUUACAGCAAUCGAGACUCGUGUCCCUCACAGAAGUGUCCUUUCUCCUUCAGCCUCUGAUGAUCGAAUUCUUGCAGAGCUUUACAAGUUGAUGACAAUGCAAACUAGAGUAUUUGUCGUGCACAUGACAUACCCAAUCGCUGCUCGUUUAUUUCUGAAAGAAAAAACUAUUGGAAUGAUGGAUGAAGGAUAUGCCUGGAUUAUCACAGAUGGGCUAUCUAAUCAACUGAAUUCCAUGAACCUCUCGGUUGUCCAUUCUACACAAGGUGUACUAGGUGUUGAGCCUUAUGUGCCCAUGUCUGAUAAGCUUAAGAACUUUAAGAUCAGAUGGAGAUACAAGUUCCACAAGGAAAACCCAGUUAUGGAAAGUGCUUCUCUUAACAUUUUUGGACUGUGGGCAUAUGAUACUGUCUGGGCACUAGCACUGGCAGCUGAGAAAUUAGCGGCAGAGAAUCUCCACUUCCAACACCCACAAGUUGCUAAUUAAACAACUGACCUUUUAAAUCUUGGAAUCUCUG